AUAGCGUUACCUCUUUAUCCUUGAUAGCCAUUUUAUAGAAUUCAGCAAUGGCAACAUUGGUACAGAACCGGCCAGUGGACCUCAACGGCCCCGAAGCUGCAGCAAGACAGCACACCCAGGCUGUGACCAGAAAUUACAUCUCACAACCCAGGCUGACUUACUCCACUGUCUCAGGUGUAAAUGGACCACUGGUAAUCCUGGAUAAUGUGAAGUUUCCCCGCUAUGCUGAGAUUGUUCACCUGACUUUACCUGAUGGCACAAGGAGGAGUGGCCAAGUACUGGAGGUGAUUGGCAGUAAGGCUGUCGUUCAGGUGUUUGAAGGGACAUCAGGGAUUGAUGCCAAGAAAACUGCCUGUGAGUUCACAGGUGAUAUCUUGCGCACACCUGUAUCAGAGGAUAUGCUGGGACGUGUUUUUAAUGGCUCGGGCAAGCCAAUUGACCGUGGCCCCAGCGUGCUGGCCGAGGACUACCUGGACAUCAUGGGACAGCCAAUCAACCCGCAGUGUCGUAUCUACCCUGAGGAGAUGAUCCAAACAGGCAUCUCUGCCAUUGAUGGUAUGAAUAGCAUUGCCCGCGGGCAGAAGAUCCCCAUUUUCUCUGCUGCUGGUCUUCCUCACAAUGAGAUUGCUGCCCAGAUUUGUCGUCAGGCUGGCUUGGUACAGAAACCCAAGGAUGUGAUGGAUUACAGUGCUGAGAAUUUUGCCAUCGUCUUUGCAGCUAUGGGGGUGAACAUGGAGACUGCACGUUUCUUCAAGUCCGACUUCGAGGAGAACGGCUCCAUGGACAAUGUUUGUCUGUUCUUAAACUUGGCCAAUGAUCCCACAAUUGAACGCAUCAUUACUCCACGCCUGGCUUUAACCGCAGCCGAAUAUUUGGCCUAUCAGUGUGAGAAACACGUCCUGGUCAUCCUGACUGACAUGAGCUCAUAUGCUGAGGCCCUACGUGAGGUGUCCGCCGCUCGGGAGGAGGUGCCUGGUCGCCGUGGUUUCCCUGGAUACAUGUACACAGAUUUGGCCACGAUUUAUGAGCGUGCUGGACGUGUUGAGGGCAGAAAUGGCUCUAUCACGCAGAUCCCUAUCCUCACCAUGCCUAACGAUGAUAUCACCCAUCCCAUCCCUGAUUUGACUGGGUACAUUACAGAGGGCCAAGUCUAUGUAGACAGACAGCUGCACAACAGACAGAUCUACCCACCUAUCAAUGUGCUGCCCUCUCUCUCCCGACUGAUGAAGUCUGCCAUUGGGGAAGGAAUGACUCGUAAAGACCAUGCUGAUGUCUCCAACCAGCUGUAUGCUUGCUAUGCCAUUGGAAAAGAUGUGCAGGCCAUGAAGGCUGUGGUGGGAGAGGAAGCUCUCACUUCUGAUGACUUACUCUACUUGGAGUUCUUGCAGAAGUUUGAGAGGAACUUCAUUGCUCAGGGUCCCUACGACAACCGAACAGUGUAUGAAACACUGGACAUUGGCUGGCAGCUUCUCCGAAUAUUCCCCAAGGAGAUGCUGAAGAGGAUUCCCCAGAGCACCCUGGCUGAAUUCUACCCUCGCGAGUCUGCGGCCCGCCACUGAGCCAUCCCACCCCUCUGCUUAGCACCAGUCCAACCUUGGAGAUCUGGUGCUGCCCAAACCAGCCUGCCUCCCCUAAACUCUGAUCUCUGAUUCCACCUCUACCCAGAGUACAGAGCAAUAACCUCAGUUCCUUUUAUAGAUGUGUUGUGUGUUGUCUGUGCUCAAGAAAUUUUGUGUGCAUCCGAAAUGUAUCCAUUGUUACUGUAUUAUCUGUAUCCUUAUGUUUGGUUUUGUCUCUGAUGUAAACUCAUGGGAUUUAACCAAGGAGUAACCAGCGUGGGUGUGUUGACGCUGCAUUAUGUGAUCCUUGUUUGUUACCCACCCAGCCCAAAGAAAAUGUCCAAAACAUUUGAUCUCAAAGGGAAAAGUUUAGUGUGAAUUAGCUCUCUCUAUUUCUUUCCCUCUUUCCCUUUUCAUUGCCCUAGACAUCAUCCAAUAAUUAGUUGCUUAAAAAAAUCGUUCUGGAAUCAUUUAUCAUCCAUCCAUUUUGCUCAUUCACAAUAAUAAAUAAUUUCAUAAAGCAGGAAAGGUUGUUUGACAUUAAGGUUAAAAUUUUCCUGUGUAUCCAUUUUUGACAACACAAGGAGACUAAAACAUGAGUUACAAAGAAACAAAGUAAACAUUUAAGUAACAUGAUUUUUUUUUUCUUUUUUUGUAAAUUGCCCCAACCAUGUGAGAAAUAUUACAAGGUUUGGAUGAACCUGAGGGCUGUCUAUUCCUAUAUCAGAACCUGAUUUUGAACUGGAUGCCACUGAUAUUGGCUGUAAACUAGUUAGUUUAAAUAGUCUGGAUUGAGGAUGUUUACAUGGUCUGUGUUUUAGAAUAUGUGAUAUGAAAUACUAAGCAUUCCUCUGCUCUCAUGGCUAUCUUUAUUUUUGUGCAUAAAGUCUGUUUCUCUGUGUUGAU